AUGGAUUAUGAAAAUAAAUUAUCUCGAUUCCAUUUACCUUUUCAACAGUUAGAAGAAGAAAAAUCAAAUUUACUUCAAAAAUUAAAAGAAAAGGAAAUCGAAAAUUCAAUUUUAACCGAAAAUUUAAAACAGAAACAAAUGGAAAUUUUAGGACUACGAAAAAAAAUUGAUAAUAUUGAACAAACUCGUUCAACGCUACAUCAAGAAAAAAUUAAUCAUUCGCAUCUUAAUAAAAACCAUGACAACACUGCCAAACAAUCUGAAUCGAAAAAUUCUGGAAUAAUGCCAAACGAAAAGCAGUCUAAGAAAAAAGAAACCCCGUUAAAAGUGGUUUUUAAUCAAGCAAAUAAAAAGAUUUCUCCAAUUUAUAAAAUGGCAAAUUCAUCGUUCGCGUUGAAAAAAAAUUCCGGAAAAAAGAAAGUUCCAGGCAAUGAAAAUUCUUCUUUUAAUGGAGGUUGUGUUUAUCCGACUAACAAUAAAGUGAUCUCAGCUACUUCAUUUAGAAAAUCUACUUCAGCUACUUCACCAACAGAAAAAAGAAAUUUAGAACCAAGAGAUAAUGAAAAUGAGCCACCGGUAAAAAAAGGUUUACCACAUUUUUACUCACCGAUAAAUAGCCAAGAAACUGACGAUGAAAAAUCAAAGAGGAAAAGACCUCUAAAAAAGCGAGCACUUUUUUCUCAUAGCAAGUUUGAAACAGAAGAAGAAGUUCUUUUGGAUGAUGAUCUCAAUAAUGAAUAGUUUUUGUUAUUUUUUCUUUUCCAAUCUUAGUGUAAUUAUA